UUUCAUUUUAUAAAAUUUUAAUUUGUUUUACUAAUUUUCGUUACGGAUGAGUUUUUUUGAAAUCGAGCAGAUGAACCACUAGCUAACCAAUCUAACUAGAACCAGCACUACUAACAAAACACUCACCUAACUUAGUAAGUUUAGUUUAAGUAGGACGAGACGCAAGACAAGAGGGACGUGAAAGAAGUCCCAACAAGCCAAAUCACAAAAUACAGAGACCCCAUUCGGUUCAUUCAAUGUUAGACCCAGACUACUUCAUCAGUCUCAACCUCUCUACUGACAGCUCUUCAAAUUAUUCAUUCACAAACAGCAGCAGCAGCACAAGAGGCAGCAGAAGGAACAUUCGAAGUGUCUCGACCAACCCCACGAGACGAAACAACGGCUCCAACUUAUUUUCAUCGCCGCCAUCAUCGUCCACAGUAGCCGCAGCAACCUCCACAACAAAAUCUUCAAUGAAUCGAUCGUUUUUCACUAAUUCCGGUUACAUGUACGGACCCCCGAUAUGCGCCAGUGGGACGGGAUCGGUAGCUUCACUCUCGCCAUUUCACGUCGCUGGCAAACCCGGCGUGAAUAAUGUCGUGGCGGUCGGUACAAAAACAAAAAGUCUUAGUCUCCUAAUUGAUAGAUCGGGUGAUUACAACUACAACACAAAACGGAUGGGGAUGGGUGGGGUAGGGGGUCUUUCGGGGGGGUCCAGUAGUAGAGACCAAUCAUUGGAUCGACAGACAAACUACUCAGACAAGAAGAGGGAGUAUUACGUAAUGGGCAGUAGAUGGGACAGAGCAUCGGCCGAUAGGGAUUAUACAUGCCCCCCUAAUUUAGGGUCCGGCGGGGCGGCCAGGUCUCUGGAGAGGGAAAACCAGAUGAGGACUCAUUCGUUUGAUGGCGUGGGAAGUUUCUUGAGAGGGGCCAACGAGGGGGAGGAUGGGGACGUUGAGACCCCCUCCCCGACGACGUUCUAUCCAAAUAAUGAAUCGUCGCUUUCGUGUAGGGAUGGAUUUGUUCUGGAUCUACAGGCACAGAUCGCAGAUUUGAACAAAGAGUGUGCCAUCUUGCAACAGGAGCUGGACCUGGCCAAGGAUAAAUUAAAUUCGACCAUGAACAGCAUCAAGUCCUUUUGGAGUCCGGAGUUAAAGAAGGAGAGGACGAUGCGGAAAGAGGAGAACCUCAAAUACGUCACCCUCAAUGAGCAGUUGAAGGCUGUCGAGAUUGAGAACAGGCAACACCUAACAAGCCUGAUGAAACUCGAGCAAGAGAACCGACAAUUAAGAGAAUCAUCAUCAUCAGCAGCAGCAGCCUCAGUAGCAGCUGCCGCGACCUCAACAUCCAUUCCGCCGACAUCAUCGUCAUCCACUGGAACUGGGGUGGGGGUGGGCUUAGGGGGGGACUUCACGGGACUUCCAGCACCAUCCUCCCAACUACAGCCACAGCAGCAGCAGUCGCUAUCGUCGUCACCGCCACCGUCGACGACGUCCUCUCCCUUAGAGAUGUUGAGGAAGGAGAGAGAUAAGUACUUGAGGGAGAGUAAGUUGCUAAGAAAGACCUUGCAGGAAAUGGAGAUGAGAAUUGAGACGCAGCAGAAGACGAUGGCGACGAGGGACUCAACUAUACAGAAGCUUAUGGAUCUGUUGCAACAACAACAACAUCAACAACAACAACAACAUCAACAACAACAACAACAUCCGUCAAACGUGAGUCAGGACAGCUCCACAAGCAGCAGAGAGGAGACGCUGCAGAGAGAGUUGCAGCAGAAGGGGAGUGAGAUUGGUAGGAUGCUUGAAGAGGCAGGUCGGAACGAGUUGAUGAUUCAGCAGCUGAGGUCACAAGAGAAACUGCUGAAAGAAAAGUUAGAAACGUCUAGACAGGACUUGAAACGCAGCGAGACAGAGCAGGGUGGUCUGAGGACUCGUCUAGACAUCCUUCAGAAACAUUUCGAAGACCACGACAAACAUGUGAACAUGCUAAGAGAGCAAGUUACUUCCAAGGAACAACAGUGCAAGAUGCUGUCUGGAGACGUCGAGAUGCUGAGAAGGAAGGUGGAGGAGAAGGAUGAGCUAAUAAGCGCGAAGAGCAAACAGCUGAUCACCGUCCAAUCAGAGAAGGCACAGCUGACCAAUCAGCUGUCUGAUCUCAAGGACAAACUUGAUGACCUCGGGGUCAAGUUCAACGCCCAACUACGAAAGAUCGAUUCAUUAGAAGAGAUCACGAAGGAGAAAGAGAUGCUUAUAAACUCGACUCGGCUGCAACUCGACUCGGUGAAAGUUGAUCGGAGUUCGACCGACAGUGCCCUGGUUCGACUACAAGAUGUUCUUAAAGAGAAGGAGAGGCAGAUUGAUAAAUUGAAAGAACAGAGGGAGAAGUUAGAACGGGAAAUGGAAGAUAUGAUGAGGCAGGCGAGUGAGAGGUCGAGUGAAGUCAAGUUGAAGGUCACACAGUUGCAAAGUGACGUCAUCAGCAAGCAGGAAAUGGAACUGGAGUUGAGGAACGAAGUUGGGAGGUUGAAAUCUGAAAUUUCAACGAAGGAUGCCCUCAUCAGCAGUUUGGAGGUCAAGCAACACCUCAUCGAGGUCGACGAAUGUAAACAGGAAGUGAGAAGGUUAAAAGUGGAACUAAGUGAAAAGCGGGAUGAGCUGAUGGAAAAGAAAGCCAAAAUUUCGAAACUGGAACAAGAUCUGGCCGGUAUUUCCACUAAAGGACCGAGACGAGAUGAUAAUGGUGAUGACGAAUCCAUCCUGACAGAGAAAGACAGCAGGAUAGAAGAACUGGAAAGUGCGAUGAGAGAGAGUAUCAAGAUAACUGCCCAGAGAGAGAUAAUGGAGUCGUUACAAGAAGAGCUGGAGAGGGCGAGAGGUCAGUACGAGGGAUGUCGCGAGCAGCUGUCCAGGUGUGAGGCCCUUCUGAAGGAGAAGGAGGCACUGCUGACUGAGCACCUUAGCGACUCCAAGAAACAACUCUCUGAGGUCUACGAGAUGAAGCAGGAAGCCAUAUUGGCCGCCAUUAGCGAGAAAGACGCGCACAUCGCUCUUCUGGAGAUGGCCCCGAACAAAAAGACUGAAAACAUCGAAGAGGUGGAACGUCUGACGAGAGAGAAGGGCAAACUGCAACAAGUCCUCAGAGAUUUGGACGAUGACGACGCUGGUUCGACGUAGAAGAUGGGACGAAAGGAGGGAAGAAAAAAAGAUGGAUGGACGAACCAACAAAAAACGAAUGGAUGAAUGAAUGGAUGAAUGAAUGGCUGGAUGGAUGGUUGGAUGAAUGAUUAAAUGAAUGAAUAAAUCGAACAAAAAACAAAUGUAUAAAUGAAUGAAUGAAUGAAUGAACGAAUGAAGGAAGGAAGGAGGGAUUGGAUGAAUGAAUAAACGAAUAACUGAAUGGAUGGAUGAACGAGUGAAUGAGUGAAUCAAAUAGAAAAGCAAUAUGAGUAAAUAUAUAUCACAAUGAGAUUAAAUCACGUUUGUAUAUAUACAUAAUGAUGGAACAAACAAACACAUGCAUACAUACAUACAAACAUACAAACAUACUACAAACAUACAUACAUACAUACAUACUACAAACAUACAUACAAACGCACAUACAAACAGAAAUACAGACAAAAAUUCACAAAACACAUACAUGCACACAUACAAACAUACAUACAAUCACAUGCUUCCAAAACCUUUCACAAAAAUAAAAAAAGGCUUUUUUGUUGUAUUUUAAAUAUUGUUUUAUGUAUGUAUGUAUGUAUGUAUGUAUGUAUGUAUGUGUAUGUAUGUAUGUAUGUGUAUGUAUGUAUGUAUGUAUGUAUGUAUGUGUAUGUAUGU